UCCUCCUUUUUUUUUCUCUCCGAAGUCACAACAUUUCUGCUCAUAAUCACGAUUUUUAUUAGCGGAGGAGUUCCACUUCGUGCUUCAGUUUCAGCUAUUUAUGCUCAACUUUUCAUGCAUUUACUGAGUGAUUAAGAGUUUUAAAGCUUGCGCGUUUCUUCACUCUGUUAAAUACACCCGUCCCCGCCUGAUUUUUUCUUUUUUUUCUCUCAACAUUACUGUUUUUUGGGUUUCCUCCUUCCGAAUUCAGGGGCUUUAUCUAUGGUAAAAUCGGUUGAAUAAAUGGUGGUUGGUCAAAAAUCGUGAAGGAGUAGAAGCUUGGGCCGUUCUGAGUUUUAUGUGUAAGGUUUUGCCCCUCUCUGCAAUUUCUUUGACAGAGUGGAUGCUUCAAGCUUGUUCUUAAUGAUCAGUUUUGUAGAACUAUGAAAAUGGAAUUUGAUACUGGGUGCAGUAAGGGGAAUUUUGGACGCAGCACAUUACCUAAAAAGCCAAAUGAGAUUAUGAGGGUGCUUGUUACCAUCGCUGUUGGGAUGAUGUUUGGCUUCUUUGUAGGAGUGUCAUUUCCAUCACUCUCUUUAACGAAGCUAAAUAUCACUACCGCCCUUAUUCAUGACUUUGUAAUAAUUGAGGAUAAAAGUACAGCUAACUCUACACAAGAUACUGCAAGUACGAGCAGCUCUUCCAGUAAUCAAGUCACGACAGAUGUCUCAAAGAUUUGGGUUCCAUCAAAUCCAAAAGGUGCAGAAAUGUUGCCUCCGGGUAUUGUUGCAUCUGAAUCAGAUUUUUAUCUACGGAGGCUUUGGGGAAAACCUAGUGAGGACUUGACCAGCAAACCAAAGUAUCUUGUCACCUUUACCGUGGGUUAUGAUCAAAGAAAAAUCAUUGAUGCAGCUGUUAAAAAGUUCUCGGAGAACUUUACAAUCCUUUUGUUUCAUUAUGAUGGAAGAACAAGUGAAUGGGAUGAGUUUGAGUGGUCAAGACGAGCAAUUCAUGUUAGUGCCAGAAAACAAACAAAAUGGUGGUAUGCUAAAAGGUUUCUGCAUCCGGACAUUGUUGCCGCAUACGACUACAUAUUUAUUUGGGAUGAAGACCUAGGGGUCGAGCAUUUUGAUGCGGAAGAGUAUAUCAAACUUGUGAGGAAGUAUGCUCUAGAAAUUUCACAGCCGGGUUUGGAACCCAACAGGGGUACGACUUGGCAGAUGACAAAAAGAAGAGGCGGUCAAGAUAUUCACAAGAUAACAGAGGAGAAGCCGGGUUGGUGUUCUGACCCCCAUUUGCCACCCUGUGCAGCUUUUGUAGAAAUCAUGGCUCCUGUAUUUUCUCGAGAAGCAUGGCGCUGUGUUUGGCAUAUGAUACAGAACGACUUGGUGCAUGGAUGGGGACUGGACUUUGCCCUCCAACGGUGCGUUGAGCCUGCUCAUGAGAGAAUCGGAGUGGUAGAUGCUCAGUGGAUCGUCCAUCAAACAGUUCCUUCACUGGGAAACCAGGGCCAAGCAGAAGACGGAAAGGCUCCGUGGCAAGGGGUGAGACAGAGGUGUCAAAAAGAGUGGGAGAUGUUCAGAAAUCGAAUGGAGAUUGCAGAGAAGUCUUAUUACAAGUCCAUUAACUUUACAAGGGAUACAUAGAUAGUAGUACUAGAGAAGAAUACCAUGACACAAAACCACAAUUACUAGUUGCUACAUCUUUUUACUAAUUUGAUUAGUCUACUUGUAGAUAAAACCAAUUUUAUUAGUCAAUUUUUCUUAUUCUAUCA